ACAAACCACCAGCUGGACACGUCAGCGGAUGCGGAGCCGGGCGCGGCCUCACCGGAACCGGAAGCAGAACCGGAAGCGGAAGCGGACGGCGCGGAGAGCGACACGUCGGAGGCGCGCGCGAAGGCUGCGCGGGCGCAACAGUCGCUGAAGGAGCGCGAGAGGGAGGUGCAGAAGGCGCUGGCGACCAGUCUCAGGGACCGGGAUAAGGAACGCGAGUAUCAUAAGCGGGAUGAGGCGGUGCAGCACUUCAACGCGCUACUAGCGGACCUGGUGCGCAACCCGGAGCUGAGCUGGCGCGAGGCGAAGAAGCAGCUGAAGAAGGACCACCGCUACUCACUGGCCGAGCUUCUGAGCAAGGAUGACAAGGAGCGUCUAUUCACGACGCACACGCACGCCCUAGGCAACAAGCGGCGCGACAAGUUCCGCGCCCUCCUGACCGAGCUGAACGUGGCGCCCACCGCCUCCUGGCGGGAGACGAGAGCACUACUGAAGCAUGAGCCACGGGCACAGGCGUACCCAGACCCUGACAAGUUCCGCGCCCUGCUGACCGAGCUGAACGUGGCGCUCACCGCCUCCUGGCGGGAGACGAGAGCACUACUGAAACACGAGCCACGAGCGCAGGCCUACCCAGACCCGGACAAGAUGGAGCGUGAAUUCCGCGACUACCAGCGCGACCGCCAAACCGCAGCUAAAACAGCGUUGAGACAACUCCUUCUAGAGACUCGCGGCAUCACGCACAAGACGCUGCGCGCGGUGCAGGCGGCGGGGGGCGCGGGGGCGGCGCACAACCUGCUUAAACACGACGCCAGAUACCUAGCCCUAGAGCAUGUGCCCGAAGAGCGAGACGCCAUCAUCAUGUCGUACCUUGAAGAACUGGACAAGAAGGGCCCCCCUCCCCCGCCCACCGCCAGCGAGCCCAGCCGCCGCUCCAAGCAGUGACAUACGAGUGACACGCAGGUGGCCACAGACAAGAAGACGCCAAAAAAGCUUCAAAAUCACAGACCAAAUUGCGGCACCUUACGUGUAUAAUUUUAAAGUAAUCUGUAAGGAAUUCCUUUAGCUAUACUUAAUUUUAAUAAUGAAUAAACUAAGAGACCAUUGAUUAUUACCAUU